AUGUCUCGCAUAACUUUCUUAUUGUACGUGCUGUUCAACGUUUCGUUGGCAACGACUACUGUUCCAUCAAACGUUUGCUAUCAGGAUCUUGGAUGCUACAUACCGCGACCUGGUUUUACACUGUUACCUCAAUCUCCUGAGAAGAUCAAUACGAAAUUCUCUCUCUUCAAAAGAAAGCAACCUAUUCAAGCAGAAAUAAUCUCUUCUUCAAAUUUGGGUUCGUUCGACCGUACGAAACCGAUCAAAUUGAUUAUUCAUGGUUUUACCGAUCAAUCAUCGAGUGCUUGGGUGGUUAACAUGACGCAAGAGCUGUUGAAACAGGAAGAUAUGAAUGUCAUUACUGUUGAUUGGUCUGGUGGCAAUCAAUUUCCCUAUGGCCAGGCCGUGGCCAACACCGUCAUUGUUGCAGCUGUUAUUCGACAACUUCUUCAAGCGAUGGUCAAUGCCGGUGCAAAACCGCAACAAAUGCAUUUAAUUGGUCAUAGUUUGGGUGCGCAUGUAUCAAGUUAUGUAGGACGAGAUUUUCACAAUUUAGGAAGAAUAUCUGGCUUAGAUCCUGCCGGACCGGAAUUCUAUAAUUCUCUCAUUUCUGAUCGCCUUGAUCCAUCCGAUGCUAUAUUUGUGGAUGUCAUUCAUACUGACGGUGCACCACGGGUUCAGUCUGGUUUCGGUCAUUUAGAUGCAUUAGGACAUGUUGAUUUCUAUCCUAACGGUGGUUCCGCCCAGCCAACUUGUGGUAGCAAUACCGGAGAUGUUCUUCUCCAAUCAGCAUGGAACUUAAUCAGUACUUUCAAUAUAGGAAAUGCUGCUAGCUCAAUGGCUUGCAAUCAUAUGUCAGCAGUAUACUAUUAUACUGAUUCGAUUAAUUCACAUUCGCCAGCUUUUGCUUAUCCUUGUUCGGAUUAUAAAAGUUUUGAACGAGGCCUUUGCACAUCUUGUGGUUCGCAGUUUGAUCAAUGUCAACGUGCCGGUUACCACGCUUCAUCGUUGAAAACACUUGGUAAACUGUAUCUUAUGACUUUGAACGGAGUCAAACCGCCACAUUUUGGUUUUCAAUUCAAAGUAACACUUGAAUCAAAUAUGAACGACAGUAAACAACAAACACGCGGUAUCAUAAAAAUCAAAUUCGACGAACAAGAAGAGGAGACAUCGCUAUUUGAUGAAAAAAUACUAUUCAAAAGUAGUUCCGUCAAUUCAAAAACGAUUCUCAUUGCUCGUCAACCUGCAUCACUGAAAGAGAUUACCAUUUCGUUCAAAAAAAGCCUAAGUUCAAAUUUCGGUCUUGGUCUCUCUAAUCAAUGGAACUUUCGUUCGGUCAGCAUUCUUGAUAUGCAAUCUCAUCUAAGGCAAGUCGUCUACUGA